CAGAAGAUAAGAUUAAGAGAAUAAGAGAAAAAGAGAAAAACAGAGACUAAAAACAGAGACUAGACAUUGUUUUCAUUAUCAAACCCACCAUCAAUCCGUGAUCAUGUUACAGCUUGAGCUUUCGACUACCCUUCUCCUCUUCUUUCUUCCAUUCUUUUUCCUUUUCUCCAUCAAAUCUUUCUUCACUUUUGCAACCAAGUCCAAUAAAUCAUCUUCAUCUCCUGUAACAAAGCUUCCAAGAUCCUAUCCUUUAAUAGGCUCAACUCUCACCAUUUCUGCAAACAGAGAGAGAUUCAAUCAAUGGAUCACAGAGCUUAUUCAGAACACUACUCCAACUCAUCAUGGAACCGUCAUCCUUGAUCGAUCUCUCGGCCGACGCCAUCUCAUAACUACCAAUCCCGCUAAUGUCCAACACAUCCUUAAAACCCAAUUCUACCUCUACCCAAAAGGCAAUUUCUCUCAUGAUUGCCUCUUUAGUUUUCUUGGUUCUGGCAUCUUCAACACAGAUGGUGAGAACUGGAAAUUCCAGAGACAGAUCUCUAGUCAUGCUUUCAAUACCAAAUCCCUCAAGAAAUUCGUCGAGACAGUGGUUGAGGCAGAGCUUUCUGAUCGCCUUCUUCCUCUCUUCUCCACGUCCACCACUCAAAAAUCCGUUCUUGAUCUGCAAGAUAUACUUCAAAGAUUCGCAUUUGAUAAUAUCUGCAAAAUUGCUUUUGGGUUUGACCCAGGUUAUCUUUCCCCUUCAUUCCCACAACCAGAAACAGAGUUUGCAGUCGCAUUUGAAGAAGCUACACAACUAAGCAGUAAGCGAUUUGGUUCAAUUUUCAGAGGUUUAUGGAAGGUGAAAAGGGCAUUUGAUAUUGGGUCAGAGAAGAAAUUGCGAAUAGCAGUUUCAAAAGUUCGCGAUUACGCCACUUCUAUUGUAAGAGAAAAGAAGAAAGAGUUAGAAGAGAAAUCUUCAAUAGAAACAGAGGAUCUUCUCUCAAGAAUCUUGAAUUCCGGCCAUGUAGAUGAGACUUUCGUUACAGACAUGGUCAUCAGCUUCAUCUUAGCUGGUCGUGAUACUACAUCCGCCGCAUUGACAUGGUUCUUCUGGUUAAUUUCCAGGAAUCCUCAUACAGAAAAGGAGAUUCUGAAGGAGAUUGGAAAAGAAAAGCCUGAAGGGUUUAAUCAUUACGAUGAAGCGAAGGACAUGGUAUACACCCACGCAGCUCUCUGUGAGAGCAUGAGGCUCUACCCUCCAGUCCCUUCUGAUGGUAAAGAAGCAGCAAGAGACGAUGUGUUACCAGAUGGGAAUAUAGUGAAGAAGGGAAUGCAAGUUACAUAUCAUCCUUAUGCGAUGGGAAGGAUGGAGUCAUUGUGGGGGAAAGAUUGGGCUGAGUUUCGCCCUGAGAGGUGGUUGGAGAAAGAGGAGAUUACCGGAAAAUGGAAGUUUGUGGGAAAGGAUUUAUACACAUAUACAGUGUUCCAAGCAGGGCCAAGGAUUUGUUUAGGGAAGGAUAUGGCAUUCUUGCAGAUGAAGGGGGUGGUGGCCGGAGUUAUGAGACAGUUUAGGGUGGUGCCGGUGGACACUGGUUUUGAGCCGGUUUUUGUGUCCUACUUGACUGCUAAAAUGAAAGGAGGUUUCCCGGUGAGGAUUGAGGAGAGGGGUGGAGAAUAGACAUCACUUGCAGGUGUUGUAUACCUGUUUCAUCAACUAGUCUUCUGGUUUUUAAGUCUCUGUAAGAUCAUAAUGUAGCGUUUUUUGAAUGAAGGGUUUGAGUCUUGUAUUCGUCACAUUUUAAUCCAGGAAAUGAUGAUGAUCUUUCCCAAAUAAUGGGUAAUUUUGUGUUUUUUAA